GAAAAAGCGACUGAGACUCACAAGUGUGAAAACAACACAACGAAUUUCUAUCUAAAAGUGCUGCAACUGAAAGCAACGGGAAAAUGUGUAAAGGAUUAGCUGCCUUACCCCAAACCUGCCUGGAGAGGGCCAAGGAGAUCAAGUCGAAAUUGGGAGUUUUGCUGCAGAAGCCGGAAAAUGCCAUCGACCUCAUCAUCCCGUACCCGGAGAAGACGGAGAAGAAGCCGGAGAAGCUGCAGAAACCUGCUCCUGAGGAGGCGGCUCAGUGGCGCGAGUGUCUGGACCGAGUCCUGAACAACAACUACGGCCUGGCCGCUUUCCGUAGCUUCCUUCAGUCCGAGUUCAGUGAGGAGAACAUCGAGUUCUGGAUGGCCUGCGAGGACUUCAAGAAGACCAAGAACCCGGUGAAGAUGGCCGCCAAGGCCAAGAAGAUCUAUGAAGACUUCAUCCAGUCUGAGGGACCCAGAGAGGUGAACAUCGACCACUUCACCAAGGAUGUGACCCUGAGGAACCUGGUCGACCUCUCCCCCGCGACCUUCGACCUGGCCCAGAAGAGGAUCCACGCCCUGAUGGAGAAGGACUCCUUCGGCCGGUUCCUCCGGUCCGACCAGUUCCAGGAGCUCCUGGUCAACUAAGCGGGGAAUCUGAGGAGCAGGGGGGGGGGGUGGUUGGGGGAGGCGUCGAGGUUUCAAACAGCAGUUAAAUGUUUGGAAAGUAAUUCCAUAUAUUUUAAUCUAAAUAUUUCCAAUAAACAACCAUUGUGUUUGAGCGCAUGAGAACCGAAGACCUUUAUUUUACGAACCAAAAAAAUUGUGUAUGAAAAAAAUCAUGUUUGAAACUGAGCUUAAAGGACCGACUGCCAUUUAGAAUAACCCCACCCCCCAUCCACACACACGCACACGCACACACACACACACACACACUUACCAAAUGAGGAUAUUAUUUAAACCUCAAAGGUUGAAAUAGAG